CACGUCUGGCCCGGACUGCUCAGGCACUGUUUCCACCUGGACGAGAAGUUAUUUCUGCUCCUGUCCGGACCGGUUGCCUGAUUCUGCUCAGAAUAAAGGAUAUUGAACCGCUGAAGAUAUGGACAGAGAGUGAAGAGUCCACAUCUGGUGUUUGGGGACUAGUUUUCUUGAAAAGGGGCAAUGGCCCCCAACAGAAGGAUAUAUGCCGUCAGGCGAAUUAUUAUGACUAUCAUUGCUACGGCUCUUUGUUUGACGCUUUGGGCGAAUGAUAAUCAAAGAUCAAAUCAAAAAGAAGCGGAAACGAGCUUAAAACGGAGAAGAUUGUUAAGAUUUGCACGUUUGGAUGAAAAUGGAGAAGGCUUAACUUAUUCAUCAAAUGGCAGUAUAGAUCCCGAAGUAGCAAUCCACGAAUUUACUGAUAACUUAGAUGAAGAUGAAGAUAUGAGACAUGCUGAGCCAACCGAUUCUACCGAGAAAGCAGAUUCCAACCCUAAUGAAAAGGAGAAGUCUGGAAAAGACGUUCUCAAUAUUCUCCCAGAACACACAAAUCUAGAGAAAUCGACAACUACCGAAAAACCCUCAAGCAAAUCUAAGCACCAAGAGACUACGGAUUCUCCCGAAAAGGAUACGAAAUCAGGAAAAGAUUCUGAGUCCAACACGGAAGUUGAUAAGUCUCCUGGUGAGAAGGAAGUUGAAAACGAACAGCCUAAUCCGGGUACAUCAACAAGAUUGCAAAAAGGUAACCCCAAUUUAUUGCAUAAAUUACACAAGGGUCAACUUGUACCACGUCCUCUACCAACUUCAACUAAAGAACCUAAUAUAAGUGAAGCCACGGCUGUUCCAUUUGAAGAAGAAUGCACACCACCAGCUUAUCACGAAUUUCCUCCUGAUCUUUUUACUCACAAUCAAAGGGCUCACGGAGCUGUCAUCGUGCAUAUAUGUGUCAUCGUGUACAUGUUCUAUGCAGUUGCCGUCGUCUGUGACGAUUAUUUCGUUGCCUCUCUGGAAGAAUGUUGUGCGAGACUGAAUUUGAGCGAAGAUGUCGCUGGUGCUACUUUCAUGGCUGCUGGAAGUUCUGCUCCUGAGCUUUUUACUGCAAUUUUAGGUGUUCUUGUUGCCAAAGGUGAUGUAGGAACAGGAACAAUAGUUGGAUCUGCAGUUUUUAAUGUGUUGUUUGUGAUAGGUAUAUGUGGCAUUUUUUCUGGCAGGGUGGUGGAGUUGACCUGGUGGCCAUUAUUCAGAGAUUCUGUUUUCUACUCGUGUACUGUCAUCAUCCUUAUCGUGAUUCAACAAUGAUGCCCAUUUUUGGUUCUCAAGAAGAUUAGGUAUUGAAGAUGACAUAGCACAAAACAUUGGAAUUCUAGCCCAGGGAGACAAAAAAAAUUACAGCUCUUACGUGCCAUUUAACAAUGAGAUCGAUGAAUGUGCAUCGAUGCCAGUGACUGCCCAUUUUAGUUUUAGGCCAAUGCCAGCAGAUGAAAGCAUUCGAAGUAAUCCAAGAUUACUAUCAAUUUAUGAUGCAGCCCUAGUGUUGAUGAUGACGCGUCACUUUCGCCCAAUACGACGAUUUCGAGUAGCUGCCAUACGGAUUAUAAUUGAGCAACGUCGGCAAAGAAAAGAAGCCAGUAGCAAGAUGCAGGGCCAGAUUUCAAUUGAAUCUCAAGAUAGUUCACAUAAGUGGAAACCUAAAAGCAUAAGUACUAGCAUGGGAUUAACAGCAGAAUCUAACUGGAGAAGUUUUCCUACCAGAGAAGAAGGAUGUUUACGUCUUGUUAAGUGGAUUAUUCAAGCUCCGCUACUUGCUGUUCUCCAUUACACCAUCCCUGACUGUAGGAAAGACAAAUGGAAAAAAUUCUUUCUCUUGACAUUCUUCACUUCAAUUACGUGGACGGCGGCAUUUUCAUACGUAAUGGUUUGGAUGGUAACUUUAGUUGGAUAUACAUUAGGAAUACCGGACAGCAUUAUGGGAAUAACUUUCCUGGCGGCGGGAACAAGCGUUCCUGAUGCAUUUGCUAGCCUUAUUGUAGCUAGACAAGGGCAAGGAGACAUGGCUGUAUCGAAUAGUCUAGGAAGUAAUAUAUUUGACAUUCUUAUUGGCCUAGCAUUCCCAUGGUUCAUUCAGACAACUAUGGUAGAGCCAGGAUCUAUUGCAGUGAUCAACAGCAGAGGAAUGGUUUAUUCCGUAAUACUGUUAUUUCUAACAAUUAUCAUAACGAUUGGAGGAAUAUUUUUAAGUCAAUGGCAACUUACCCGCAGGCUCGGGAUAGUUUUACUUACCGUCUAUGGAGUGUUUCUUGUCAUAUCUGUUCUGUUGGAGUUUAAUUUGCUUGGAUAUGUGAAUCCGCCCAUGUGCCAAGACUGAGCUUUGACCUAAAGUCCUCCUUAUGGUCCUACAACAAUUUCCUUUUAAACUUGUGUGAUGUAUGGUGAUUCAGUUAGUAAAGUAUUCUA